AUGCCAUCAACCUCAUGGAUUCAGCCUGACACAAGUACACGCCCCAUCGCCGUAAUCGGCGGCGGCGUUAUGGGCCGACGAAUCGCCAUGAUGUGGAUAGCCUCAGGGUUCACAGUAAUGCUGUGCGAGAAAGUACUCGACUACGGCGAUGCUGUAAGCUAUGUACAGGAACACGAAGGCGAGCAAGCCGCCAAACAAGGCACGAAACCCGCCGAGCUGAAAACAACAACCUCCCUAGAAGAAGCGGUCGGGAACGCAUGGAUGGUCAUCGAAGCCAUUCCCGAGAAGCUGGAGAUGAAGAUCGAGCUCAUGACGGAGCUGGACAAGAUCGCCCCGGAUGACUGCGUAAUCGCCAGCAACUCAUCGUCGCUGCGGUCCAGCCAGAUGAUCGUCAAUACAAAGAAGAAUUACCGCAUCUGUAAUGGUCACUACUAUAUGCCGCCGGAGCAGACGUACUUCGAGGUCAUGUCGUGUGGUCACACGGAUCCAGGCAUCUUUCCGUUUUUGAUGGAGAAGGCUACGCAGGCUGGGUUCAAGCCUGUGCAUGCUCAGGUUGACUCUACUGGGCUGGUUUUCAAUCGCAUUUGGGCGUCGAUUAAGCGGGAGAUUUUGCUGGUCUUGGCUGAGGGUGUCAGUGAUGCUCAUACCGUUGAUGAGAUGUUCAAAAGUUGGUUCAAGGCUACCAAGGGUCCUUGUCAGAUGAUGGAUACUGUUGGCUUGGAUACUGUGUACAAUAUUGAGGUUGUGUAUAGCCAACAGCGCGAUGUGGAUACUGCUGCCAUGAAGUGGCUGAAGGAGAAUUAUGUUGACAAGGGCAAUCUGGGUGCUAAGGCUGGAAAGGGUUUACUUGGAUAA